AAAUACGUGGAAUUAGAUGUUCUGCUACAAAAAGUCUUUUUCUUACAUUCAACUAAAACAUUUGCGACAAUUAAGAAAGAAUUUUUGGAAUAUCUUCGUGAUGGCUUUGUGUGGGCAGAGACGGUCCUUGGGAUUGCGGUACCUAAUUCCAAAACAGUUGUUAAUCCUACACUGUUUGGGCAUGCAGGUGGAUUAUACACCCUUCAUUAUGAGUUAACUCCAUACAGGGGCUUUACUCUGAGCUUUCUUUACACAAAUGCUGACUUAGGUAGAGUUGUAAAACAGCUCUUGCCUGUAAGUGAUGCAGAAUUCAAAUCGAGUCCUCUCUUAGCCAACUGUGUCCAGCAGUUUACCAUGUGGUUGCAAGCUACAGCCAACACCAUCAAAAAGUCCUCUAGUGUAUCUUUUACAUUCGUUUUGGAAGACUGCAUAAGCUUGUGUUUCUCUUGGACUAAGAUGCUGCGUUUUGAUGCAAUAUACACUUCCAAUCUCAUUGAUCAUGUCUCCCCACCUGCCUUAGUGCUUAAUGCCCUGCCGCUCCUGAAACCAACUGGUACGUUGUUCACAGAGACAUUUCCCACUGAAUUUGUGGGUCCUUACCUGGAAAAAAAUUUCGCCUUUUUACCUGAGCUUUUCCCUGUUUUCCUUGGUAUUCACUGCAUUGGUCAUGAUGGCCAUUAUUCACCAGCUGUAAACCAUGAUCCAAAUCCAAAUCUUGUUCAAUUAAUAAGAUCCUAUAGCACAAGUUUAAUUUGGAGGAAUGUUACCUCAAAUCUGCUGAUUUUCGAGAGUAUCAAAGAAUCUCAACAUGCAGUUGAGUCGCUUCUUAAGUUAUGUUGCUCAAAUGCCAUUUUGUCAUGGGUAGAUGUCACCGGAUCUUUUGAGAGUUACUUAUGUGUCUUGCAUCAAUUUUUGAAACGGGUGCAGUUUAGCACUCUUGUUCAUGAGUUCCUACAGCCACUCUGUGAUUCAAUUAAGAAGGAGGUUUGUUUGAAGCCUCACCUCGUUCAAUUGCAAACUCAGUCACUGCUGCAUGGCAUCCACAUGCAUCUCACACUGGCAGAGGACGACUGCCCGGUCUGUAUGGGUAAGUCACUUGAUACCUACAUCCAGCAAUUAUCUCUGUCUUUGGAGAUUGACAGCCUUGAUACACAGCCAUACAGUCCCCCUACGUUUGAAAUACAGUUUGCCUCUUCGCUGGGGGACUUAGCAAUUCUGAAAUCAUACUCAAUCACCUGUUGUAAAUCAAAAUUGGAUUUGACAUUCUUUAUGCCAAAACAUUACCUUGCCCAGUUUAGUCUUCUUCGUGUCGAAAUGCACCAACAUUUGGUUCAAAAAGAAGUGUAUUGUGGUCCGGUGGAACACCUCGAGUUUUCCCCUACACAUGACUACGAGUUUAUGAAAACACCAUUGAGAACUGAAAGUGACGGUGGUGUAUGCAAACUGGGAUACAUUGCGAAGCAUGUUGGGGAUGCCGACAUGUUUGAAACAGUUAUAUCAAUGAGUGAUGCCUGCAUGAAUAAUAUUAUGAUAAAGGAAUCAAAGUUGGAUGCAAAAUGCCUUCAACAAACCCAGCUUCAGUUACUCUGUGGUGACUUAAAAUUGACCAUUUCUUAUCCUUAUGCCAUUGAUGAAUCCAAGACGCACAUUAAAGUUUCCAAGAAGAAUCGCAUAAUUUCUGUGGUGGUGAAGCAUGACGGCUAUCUCGUCUUAAACGAGAAAUCAACCUACCACAUUAAUCCAAGGAAUCCAAUAACUCAUCCAAAGUUUCACUUGGGAAUUGAUGCAAUGGAAAUAUUUUGCAGCCUUCAGGCAUCGUACAACAGGUCAGAUCAUCCCCUUUUUAAUGCAAAACAGUCAUUCACAGAGUUAUUUAAGCAUGCUUUGGAUGGACGUAAAUUCUUCACUUAUUCAUUUCCAAGCAAGCAUUUUGCCAAUUCUCCUGACCUUUAUGCUCUUGUGUUUGUUCAUAAUUUACGAUUUAACACUGUUUUUUCCUCUCCUGCUCUCGAUGUGUCUUACUGUUUCUGUGACACAAAACCAACGCAUCUAUCACGUGACUUUCUCGGACUGGCCAAUGAAUUACUCAAAAGUCUUGGUUUCUCAGGUAAUGUAAUGGUGAAUGAUGCAGAAUAUGAGUUUCUAAAAGAUGUUUCAAAUUAUUUUCUUCCACCAUUCCGCUGUCCAUUCGCAGUGAUUGUGAGCUUGUCACAAGGGCAAUUGAAGCACACAAGCUGUGGGAACAUUUUGACCAUGCAAUACUGUUUCCUCUCUACCCAAACCCUGCCAAUUCAACAUAUCAAAAAUUCAAAAAGUUCCUUGGUGCUACUAGUGGAAUAAGGCGGCCUGGAGAUCUUCCUACCAGGCAGGAUUUAAUGAUAGGCCAAGGAAGAAGAAGAAAACCGAUGGUUGCUCUAUCUGCCAAGCCUCAGCUGUGCCUUUGAAAUGUGAGCAGUGUCAGAAAGCAAGCUACUGUAGCAGCGAAUGCCAGGAAAUGCAUAGGGAUUUUCACAGCCUCAUUUGCAAGCAGAACGACGCCACCUUGUCUCGUGAAUCGACUAAUGAUAAUCCAAAAUUUGUCGAAGAAAAGAGAGACGAAGCUAAGAAAGAUGUAAAGAGCUCCUCCCCAACUGCAGACACCAUUCAGUGUGCAAGAUGUAAGAAACCUGCAGCAAUAGUCUGUCAAUGCAAGCAGGUGUCCUACUGCAGCAAGGCAUGUCAAACACUAGAACGGCCUGGGCACAGCGAGAAAUGCAAAAAAUUGUCUUGUCACAUGACUACAACGAAAGUCCGCUCAUCCGAUUCAACAGAAGAGCCACAAGUCCCAACAGGAAAACCGAAAACUCACUCACCUUGGAAGCAUACUACUGGCAAUGAAUGUGAAAGGUGCAAGAAACCAGCAACUAUCACCUGUAAGUGCAAGCAGGUGUCCUACUGCAGUGAACUCUGCAAGACACUUGAGCAGCCAGUACACAGUGAGGCUUGUGUCAGAGCCUCACAAGAUCUAACCAAACCACAUUCCUCUCCUGAAUGCAAGAGAGUGACAGACACUGAAAGCAAGAGAAUGACAGACAUUAAAGCCUCCAGGAAAGAUUAUAAAUGCUACAAUUGCGGCAAGACAAAGUCUUCUUUGCAACACUGUAAAUGUCGAGAUGCCUUGUACUGCAGUUUGGAAUGCCAGCGACUGCACUGGCCCCAGCAUAAGAAAACCUGUUCAACUGUUAGAAAAUAGAGGAAGUUGUGGUAGUCAUACCGUAUCGUGUAUAUCUUUUCUUGAUUGUAUGCCACAAUAUUAUAGCCAAAAUGAGUGUAUUAUUCAAACUGACGUUCUAAUUA